CCAAUCAGAGCCCUAUUUCUGACGACCGUUACAUUCAUUUGCCUGGACUUCCACACCUUGACGAAAUUCGACGUUGUGUUGAGAUCUGCUAUGAAGAAUUCCGCCUAGCAUUGAUCUUUCAACCCAAAAAGCUUAUGGAUAGGCUCAGACUACCUACUGAUCAUCGCGAUUUUCCGCAUCCAUCUGGUGAGAAGAACAGAGCAUGGCUGCGAUCUUGCUUUACCCAACUGACCGUAUCUUCCUCGUUUAUGUAACAGUGUUGCAUGUUUUUGUCGGUUUGGCAUAUGCUGCUCGACCAAGCUCGCCAUCUUCGUCAGAGGAAGCUCAUCGACAGCAUUGUGCUGCCGCUCACGAGCACAUUCGCUCUGCUACGCAAGAAGGUCUCACGAACAAUCCGCUGGAUAUAGUGAGGGCUUCGUUACUGCUUGUCACGAAAUUGUACGGACAGGGUGACUUGCUUCAAUCUUACGUUUCAUGCGCUGAAGCGAUUAGGCUAUGUCUGAUUUUGAAUUUGCAUCAAGAUCCAGCAUCAAGAGGAGAAGAUACGUCUGGCGAACUAUUCUUUCCUUUGAAGCCAUUCAUUGCAAAUCGAUCUGUCAUUCGUUUAAACUUUCAAGAUUGUUUAGAACAAGAAGAAGCACGUAGGACCAUGCUUUUGGCUUUCAUGAUGGAUCGCAUGUCUACAAUUGUUACUUUGUGGCCGACAAACCUGAACGAAAGAGAUUUUAAAUCCGAUCUACCUCACCAUCAAUUGUCAAAAUACCUCUCACUAUGCCCUGGAAUAGAAGAUCCAACACCGUUAAACGCUCCCACGAAUACGUUCAAAUUGCAAGAUUUAGAUUUAUUAAACGUUGCUACGGGAGAUUUGGAGCAAUUCUUAUACAAAGGCGGAAUCUUGUUGGGAAGAUGCGCAGAACAUGCAGCAUCACUUCCUGAGCAUUCGAGUGCAGAAGAGAUAAAAUCAGCGGGUUUAUUCAUUCAAAUGGAAGCAAGUAUUGCGCUUUUACAGCUGGGUGUUCAUCAAAUGAAUGAUCUGAACAAAUCACCUCUUCAGGUUAAAGCUUCACAAGAUGCGGUUAUUGGGCAAUCUUUGCCCUCGAUUCUAUCUUCUCAAUCUAUCACAAAAUUUGGUAAGGGAAUGAUCAGUGUUGCGCACAUGCUUCCUCAUGCUUGCAAUCUUAUGUUGCAUGAUCCUCUGUCUGAUUUAAGUCAAGAAAGUCGAGAAAUAUGCAAUGCGGCAGUACAAGAAAUCAUUCGAAUUUUGAGAUUAAUAGCAUUACAUGCUGCCGAAGAGGUAUUUUGUCAAUUGGACAUAACUUUGAUCAUCAGUAUCACAAUUACUGGUCAAUCUCUCAUAAGAGAAUUGCAAAGAUUAUAUUUGGAAGAUUUCAAUAAUUAUUUUACCGUUGAUUCAAGUUCAAUCAUUGAUUCUAUCAAACAGAAUGCAACUCCAACAAGGCUUGAUCAGAACGCGAUUCAUAAUAAUGAUCAAGGAGGACCUUUAGGAUCUAUACGUGCAUACUUGAAUAUCACCUUACUCUCUUUACGCCAAAUAGGCAAAAGAUGGCGAAUCGCUUCACAAUUGCACGAUCGAUUGAUGCGUAUGCUCGAAUUUCGCAGAGAUGAUCAAAGGCAAGGAAUGAUAUUUUCGGGACAUCAGCGUGAAGCAUGAUGGCGGCUCGCAACCUUGGAAAGUGUAUCUAUAAUUGUAUUAU